CAAUAAAAAGAAGGAGAAGGAACGGCCCGAGAUUUCACUCCCUUCUGAUUUUGAACACACAAUUCACGUUGGAUUUGAUGCUGUUACUGGAGAGUUCACGGGGAUGCCAGAACAGUGGGCCCGCUUACUUCAGACUUCCAACAUCACCAAAUCUGAGCAGAAGAAAAAUCCCCAGGCUGUGCUUGAUGUGUUGGAAUUCUACAACUCCAAGAAAACCUCCAACAGCCAAAAGUAUAUGAGUUUUACAGGUAGGGAGAGUACAGCUUUGGGCUAUAUUGUGGGGCACCCUUCAAAUGUGAAGAGUGUGUCUGAGACGCCUGCAGUCCCUCCAGUUUCAGAGGAUGAAGACGAUGAGGAUGAUGCUGCUCCCCCUCCAGUCAUAGCACCUCGACCAGAGCACACUAAAUCCGUGUACACACGGUCAGUGAUCGACCCCAUUCCUGUCACGCCAACUCGCGAUGUGGCCACGUCUCCGAUCUCCCCUACUGAGAAUAACAACACUACCCCUCCAGACACCCUGACCCGCAAUGCCGAGAAGCAGAAGAAGAAACCCAAAAUGUCAGAUGAAGAGAUCUUGGAGAAAUUAAGGAGCAUUGUGAGUGUGGGUGACCCCAAGAAGAAGUACACUCGGUUUGAGAAGAUUGGACAAGGAGCUUCAGGCACAGUGUACACGGCAAUGGAUGUGGCCACUGGACAGGAGGUGGCCAUCAAGCAAAUGAACUUACAACAGCAGCCCAAGAAGGAGUUAAUCAUUAAUGAGAUCCUGGUCAUGAGGGAAAACAAGAACCCCAACAUUGUGAACUACCUAGACAGUUACCUAGUGGGAGAUGAACUGUGGGUCGUCAUGGAAUACUUGGCUGGAGGCUCCUUAACAGACGUUGUGACUGAAACCUGCAUGGAUGAAGGACAGAUAGCGGCUGUGUGCCGGGAGUGUCUUCAGGCUUUGGAGUUUCUGCAUUCCAGCCAGGUUAUUCACAGGGACAUUAAGAGCGACAACAUCCUGCUUGGGAUGGAUGGUUCUGUCAAGCUAACCGACUUUGGUUUCUGUGCUCAGAUCACCCCAGAACAGAGCAAGCGAAGCACCAUGGUUGGGACUCCAUACUGGAUGGCCCCAGAGGUGGUGACUCGGAAAGCCUACGGGCCCAAGGUGGACAUCUGGUCUCUGGGCAUCAUGGCCAUAGAGAUGAUCGAGGGGGAGCCCCCCUACCUCAAUGAAAACCCUCUGAGGGCCCUAUACCUCAUCGCCACUAACGGUACUCCUGAGCUUCAGAAUCCGGAGAAGCUGUCUGGCAUCUUCCGAGAUUUCCUGAACCGCUGUCUGGAGAUGGACGUGGAAAAGAGAGGGUCCGCCAAAGAACUGUUACAGCAUCAGUUCUUGAAACUUGCCAAGCCCCUCUCCAGCCUCACGCCCCUGAUUGCCGCUGCAAAGGAGGCCACAAAAAACAACCAUUAGAAUCCCCAACCCUCCCCAGCAUCCUCCUGCCAAGCCUGCUGUGAAAUGUUCCCGCAGAGACCUUCAAUCCCUGGCGCGCUCCUGGUCCUUGCCUCCUCCGUGGUGUUGUCCUCUUCCUGCUCGCCUAGAGCUCUCAAGACUGGGAACCGUGGGUAAAGGUUGGCAGAAAUAGCUUUGGUCCAACAUUGAGGAGAGAUCUGUGAUGGAGACCGUAACCCAUCCAUUGCUGCUCUUAGGCCAAGAACCUGCCCUUUCUUCCAUGGGCUGGAAGGCAAAGAUUGUGUAUGGAUGGUCCAGCAUCAUCAUGGAGAGGUGCUGAACCUUAUUUCCACAUAGUGAAAUGUUUUCUUUCUCUCCCUUUAACUUUUAUUGUCAUCCUUCAAAGAAAAUAUAACCACUGGGUAUUCUGAUCCCAUGACAUCCCAUCUCUCCCAGUGGUGGAGGCUUCCAUAUUUCCCUGCCUUCCUAAUCCCAAACCACCUCAUUUACCAACCUCAUUUAACUUGAAGACUGGAAUAGCUGGAGGAAUGGUGAGCAGUUUUAAUCAACUGGGGAUGGGAGAUGGCUUUGCUUUCUGGAGCCUGACUCAGGCCCCUCUGGCCCCUGGGUGGGCAAGAGCUGGACUCUUCAAUGUUCUUUGUGCUCUGCUUGUGACCAUUGGGAGGACUUGGCCCAAUAAAGGUCCCCAUGCAUUUUUCCUGAACCAGCCUUGCCUAAUAUAACAGUUUUCAAUUUCGCUCCUGUUCCAGCCCCCUUCUCCCUGGAUGCUCGCUCCCUCUCAGCUUUAUUUUCUACAUGUUUCGUGCCACUAAGAAGUUUCCAAGGAUACAUUUGGGCAAAGGGUGAUGAGAGAAAGCUGGGGGUGGGGAAAUUUGCUGAGCCAUUUUUUUUCCUUUUAGCGUGGUUAUGCCUCUGCCAUUACUAUGGAUUAUUUUUAGAGAGAAUUCAACUUGUUUUUAGGCUAGGUCUUUUAGCUGGAUGGUGAGGUUGGGUCUUUGGGGCGGAUGAGCCAAAGGGGAGAAUUCAAGUGUUGCUGGAUCUGGGGCAGGCUUGGUUACAAGGAGGAUUGAAUGAUCUUGAUUUUAACAGCACAAGAGGAGUAGGUUGAGAUGAUGCCCAUGGCAGCCAUGAAGGAGAUGCUGUCCCAUAAGAUGCGUGGCAGGGCUCUUGGCUUUCCAUGUGCAAUUGGAAUGGUUGGCUCACAUUUUCCCUGUCUGUAGUCUGUUCUCCCAACUUCAAUCCUGGGCUGACAGGCCCAUUGGCCACCAAGUCCUACUUCAAAGGUGCCCCAGACUCCGUAGCACAAGUUUCUAUUUCCUUCAAUAAAAGGAGAUGAAAAUA